CUUCAUCGAGCGAGCUACACCCAACUUCCAUUACAAAACCAAAACACUCAAGUUAACUUCAACACCUUUAAUUUUCUGAACGAAAUUCAGCCACAGAAUAUCAAAGGGAGCGAAGAUGAGUCAGGAGCAGCCAAGGCGCCCCCAAGGCCAAGACCCCAUCAAAUACGGCGACGUUUUUGACGUCUACGGUGACCUUGCACAGAUGCCCAUUGCACCGGAAGAUGCUGCCAUGAUGCAAAGCGCGGAAGCUCGAGUACUCGGAAAAACCCAACCCGGCGGAGCUUCUUCCGUCAUGCAAUCCGCCGCCACAAGGAAUGAACAGGCUGGUCUUGUCGGUCACCAGGACGUCACCGACAUCACCGGCGACCAUGGCGUCACAGUCACAGAAACUACAUUCCAUGGAAGACGCAUAAUAACCGAGGCUGUUGGUGGCCAGGUAGUGGAACAGUAUGUGGAGCCAAAUCCAGUUGAGGCUGGACGAACCAGUGCAAUUAAGGAGAGUGCUAUAACAAUAGGAGAGGCAUUGGAGGCCACGGCACAGACGGUGGGUCACAAGCCGGUGGAUCAGAGUGAUGCCUCAGCGAUUCAGGCGGCGGAGGUUAGAGCAACGGGAAGUAACGUUAUAACGCCGGGAGGACUUGCGGCUAUGGCUCAAUCAGCUGCUGCUUAUAAUGCUGACUGCAAGCAUGACCAGGACAAGGUCAAGCUUGCCGACGUUCUGACCGGAGCAACCGCCAAAUUGCCCGCGGACAAGGCCGCGACGCUGCAAGAUGCUGAAGGGGUGGCGAGUGCUGAGGCCAGGAACAACCCCGAUGCCACCGCCACUCCCGGUGGGGUAGCCGCUUCUGUUGCGGCUGCUGCUAGGCUCAAUGAAAAUGUUAAGUAAAAAGUAGUGUUAUGUAUGUUGAUAAUCAUACCUGUGUUUCAUGAUGUGUGAGGAGUGGCCUGUUGAUAUAUGUGUUGUAUAACUGUAAGUGGUGCUGCAACAUGUUGUUUCUUUCUUUUAAGCUUGUGAGAUAUGUUACUACUUUUCUGGUAUCUUUUAAGGACUCUACUUAAAGGUGAUGUAUACUAUGCUAUGGAUGAUGUCUGUGCCACCUUAUCAGUUAGUUGUUAA